AUGAUUAGAGUAGAGAUAGCUUUAUUUUUCUUUUUUUCUUUUCUUCUUGUUCUUCUCUUUUCUCUUUCUCUUUUUUCUACUCUUUUCCUUUUUUUCUACUCUUUUCCUUUUUUUCUUCAUUUUAAAAUUCCAUUUACACUGUUAUCAGAAGAAUCCAGCACACACUCUCUCUCAUUCACGAAGCGCUCUCUCUCUCAUUCACGAAGCGCUCUCUCUCUCAUUCACGAAGCUCUCUCUCAUUCACGGCGCGCUCUCUCUCAUUCACGGCGCUCUCUCUCUCUCUCUCAUUCACGGCGCUCUCUCUCUCUCAUUCACGAAGCGCUCUCUCUCUCUCUCAUUCACGAAGCGCACGCUCUCUCUCUCAUUCACGAAGCGCACUCUCUCUCUCUCAUUCAUUCAAUUUCCUUCUCUCUCUCUCAUUCAUUUUCUCUUCUCUCUCUCAUUCCUCUUUCUCUCUCUCUCUCUCAUUCAUUUCUCUCUCUCUCUCUCUCUCAUUCCCUUCUCUCUCUCUCAUUUCCUCUCUCUCUCUCUCUCUCAUUCCUCUUUCUCUCUCUCUCUCUCUCUUCUCUCAUUCCUCUCUCUCUCUCAUUCAUGAAGCUUUCUCUCUCUCUCUCUCUCAUUCCAGCACUCUUUUCUCUCUCUCUCUCAUUCCACAUUUUCUCUCUCUCUCUCUCUCAUUCAUUUUCUCUCUCUCUCUCUCUCUCAUUCCACGAAUUUCCGCUCUCUCUCUCUCUCUCUCAUUCACACAGCUUCGCUCUCUCUCUCUCUCUCUCAUUCACAUUUUCUCUCUCUCUCUCAUUCACAGAAGCUCUCUCUCUCUCUCUCUCUCAUUCCAUUUCUCUUCUCGCUCUCUCUCUCUCUCUCAUUCCUCUCUCUUUCAUUUUCUCUCUCUCUCUCUCUCUCUCAUUCCUCUCUCUCUCUCUCUCUCUCUCUCUCUCUCUCUCAUUCCAUUCCGAUUUUCUCUCUCUCUCUCUCUCUCAUUCCUCUCAUUCUUCUCUCUCUCUCUCUCUCUCUCAUUCACAAGCUUUUCGCUCUCUCUCUCUCUCUCAUUCACUGGCUCUCUCUCUCUCUCUCUCAUUCCUCUCUCUUCUCUCUCACAUUUUCUCUCUCUCUCUCUCUCAUUCCGCUCUCUUCUCUCUCUCUCUCUCUCUCUCUCAUUCCACGGCUCUCUCUCUCUCUCUCAUUCAUUUCUCUCUUCUCUCUCUCUCUCUCUCUUCCAUUUCCUGGCUUUUCGCUCUCUCUCUCUCAUUCCACUUUCUUCUCUCUCUCUCUCUCUCAUUCCACAUUUCCCUCUCUCUCUCUCUCUCAUUCACUCUGGCUCUCUCUCUCUCUCAUUCAUUUUCUCUUCUCUCUCUCUCUCUCUCAUUCAUUUUUCUCUCUCGCUCUCUCUCUCUCUCUCUCAUUCCUCUCAGCUUCUCUCGCUCUCUCUCUCUCUCUCUCUCAUUUUCAUUCUCUCUCUUCGCUCUCUCUCUCUCUCUCAUUCCUCUCUUCUCUCUCUCUCUCUCUCUCUCAUUCUCUCUCAGCUCUCUCUCUCUCUCUCUCAUUCACUCUCUCAUUCUCUCUCUCUCAUUCAUUCAUUCAAAUACCACGCUCUCUCUCUCUCUCUCAUUCACACUCUCUCUCUCUCUCUCAUUCCACAUUUCACUCUCUCUCUCUCUCAUUCCUGAAGCUUCACAUCUCUCUCUCUCAUUCCUGGCUUCGCUCUCUCUCUCAUUCACUCUUUCGCUCUCUCUCUCUCUCUCAUUCCACUCUCUCUCACCACCUCUCUCUCUCUCAUUCCACGAAGCACCACGCUCUCUCUCUCAUUCCAUGGCACACGCUCUCUCUCUCUCAUUCACGCUUACACGCUCUCUCUCUCUCAUUCCACGGGCUUCUCUCUCUCUCUCUCAUUCUCUCAUUCCACACACGCUCUCUCUCUCUCUCUCAUUCUCUCUCUCUCUCUCUCAUUCUACACUUCUCACUCUCUCAUUCUCAAGCUCUCAUCUCUCUCUCUCAUUCACCGCUCUCUCUCUCUCUCUCUCUCAUUCAAGCUCUCUCUCUCUCUCUCAUUCCACGAAGCACACUCUCUCUCUCUCUCAUUCCACGGCUCACGCUCUCUCUCUCUCUCUCAUUCACGAAGCACACGCUCUCUCUCUCUCUCUCAUUCACGAAGCACACGCUCUCUCUCUCUCUCUCAUUCACGAAGCACACGCUCUCUCUCUCUCUCUCAAACUUGUGGGUAUGUUUUUAUCUCUUUCUCCUCCUCUUAAGUUCUUUUCAACUCGGUCAUUUGUCACCUGA